CAGGUGACGGCUGGUCGACUGAAGCGGGUGUGGGUAACAGGGGCGUGCGCGUGGUCCUUGGUCGUGCUUUGCGUGGUCAUCGGGGUCGUCCUGGGGCAAUACCUGUGGACCAUCGCAACCGUCUGUUUCCUUCUCUACGGCCUGCAAGCUGAGCUGGGAACAACGCAGCUCGGUGCGGUCCUUUGGGGGUUUCUGCAGGCGUGUUUCGCAGGCGCCACCCGGCUUUUAUCCCGUCUGCAUAUGUGCCUGGCGGCCCUGACAACGUGGCGACGGCAAUAUGUGGAGCACAGUACGGCGGGAGUGUCCCAGCAGCGCCAGGAUACCGUCUUCCAGGAUCAGUGUGACAUGAGUAUCGUCCAUGGGCUGAUAGUGCCCUGCCUUGUGGUCUAUGGGUACGAUGCCAUCUUCCUGGCUUUUGGGGGAUUCUACGUUGUCGCGUUGUAUGGGUCGGAGGAUAUUUUCCUAGUUUGGGACCUGCUGGCGUUCAUCGCCUUUGGACUCACCGUUGGCAACAAGAAUCGUCCACCGCAGCCCCAUGUCCCGUUCCCAUUCGAUGGGGCAGGCCUCCGAUCGACGGUCAUCAACUUUCUGGCCUGCGCCUACCUGGUGUGGUUUGUACUGCGGGUAUGUGGGAGUCUCUACUCGCUGACGGACAGCACGCUGUUUUACCUUGACACAACCCGGGGCCCCGCCCACCACCUUCUGGGUCUGGCUAUGCGGCAAUUUCUGACAAUGGAGGGCGGGAACAGCCUGGGGAACGGCGAGCUGGGAGGCGCGACGCGGCUCCGCGUGACGCCAUUCAUUCUCGUCUACUUCCCCCUCGUGUGGUCAGUUCACGUUGCUUGUGGAGUGUGGUGCCUCCUGCAAACGGCGUCACUCUUCUUCGGCACCAGCGACGUGAUAGUGAACAUUUGUGCAUUUGGGACAGCCGCCGCCUAUGUUUGGGCCACCAUGAGCAGCCACGUCCUACCGGGAGGUGGAUUCCACCAAAACUGUUCUUUGGGCCUGACUUACCUCUUUUCCUGUCCGCACGAGGCGCAUGAGGGCUACAGGGUGUUUGUAUCGUUGUUGGCGGCCGGCUACCUGUGGUGGUUUGUUCUCGACCAGGGCUGGGCUCUUUAUCUUCACUGUGCACAAGCGACGGAUGUCGAGGGAGAGAACGAGCAACAGCAGCAACAAGGCAGCAGUGAAGAGACGGCACCGGUUUCAGAGCCGACGCCAGCUACCCAACCCGAUUCCGUGUCUUUGUCUUGCCAGCAGUCAUCAGCAGCUGUCGGCGUCGCCACCAAGAGCCAGAAGCGGCGGGAAAGGAAGGCGAGGAGAAGGGCUGGAGUGGCGACCCAGGAGAGCAAUGAGAGCCGCCAGAUAGGCUCGGCUGCCUUGUCGGCGAUCGACGAGUCUCUGGCUGUGGUGGAGGAGGGCGAAUUCAGUCUAGAGGGUACUACCGUGACGACAGACAACACGACUCCCGAACCGUGCCACCCAGCACGGCCCGAAGAGACAGCAGGCCUUCCCCCACCUCCCCUGCUCCCUUCGCCGGCCCAUGACGACACUCCAUCGGAUCACGCAGUGCCUACCACAGCUAGCAUGACCCCAGAGGAGGCAUUCCCACCGUCACCACGAGAGACGCGUCACAGCCAUUCAUUGAAUGAGGCCCUUCUGCUUCCCGGUUCGGCUGCUGCUGACGAGACGGCAAAACCGUUAUGCGCCGUCUCCUGCGCUCCGUCGGCCCUUACGCCGCCAUGGCCAGAGCGGAUGGCCGAGAGCAUGAGCGAUGGGGGCCGUCAGAUGGGCUCGGCUGUUUCGCCAGUGAUCGAUGAGUUUGUGGCUUCGGCGGAGGAUGGGAACGGCCAAGAGGACCCCAUGGUGACGGCAGACAGCACGACCCGCGAGCCCUGCCAGCCACCUCCGCUAGGCACGAGCUGUCAGUCUUCGUUCGAAGAUACAGCGGACCUCGCCACUCCUUCUCUGCUCACCUCUGACCAGGGAGACUUCACCACAGGCAGCGCGACUCCCGAGGAAUCACAGCCCGCGACAUACUGGAAUGAGAGGACGGGCCUCUUCCCGUCAUUCUUCCUUCCCAAUUCAGCUGCCGCUGAUGACUUCCCUCCGGUGGCGGCACCCAUGUCUUCCUUCCCCUGCGCUGCCGUCACGCCCCCUCAGCUGGCGACUGACGACGAGACGGCAAAUGGCGACAUCAACACGGCAUCUCCCCCACCAUCGCAUCAGCGUUCAGGAAGGAGGCGAGGACGGAGGCGAUCAGGCAAGCAACCCACGAAGGGAGACGCAGCGACACAGACGUGGCGACGGACCUGGGUGCCGCGAGGCGACUCUGCGUCAUCCAGCGAUCCGCAGACAGAUGCGAUGGAGCGAGGAUGGGCAUGCUUCAGCGCUUGGGCUGGGGAGGAGCAAUUGACGGAAGGUGCCGAGGGGCAGGGGGAUGCCACUGGUGACGAGGUAGCUGCGCCCUCGUCGAGCAGUGUUGAUCUGGGCGGCGGCGCUGUCGAUAUAGAUGGUGGCGUGUACGAUGCGGCGAGAGGCGAGGGCGGGGUGCUGGCUGCGGAGGCGUCCUCGUCUGUGUCUGAGCGUCCUCCCUCUGCGGGCCCACCGGCAGUUGUGGAGCCAACGGUGGAGCCCGCCAUGGCGUCUGAUGAUGAGGGCAAUGCCAUGGUGGCAGGAGACAUAUACGACGGCCAAGUGCACUUCGCCGUUUCUGUCUGGGACCAUAUAGCUGCCCCUGCUGCCGUCAGACAGCCACAGCAAGUGGGGGAGAUUGUAUUACCGUCGGCCGACUUCCCCGCUCUGCCUUCCCAGCAGCCAUCGGCAAGUGUCGCCAUGCAGCCAUCACAGCCGCCAUUGGACAGCGGGAUGGCCGGAGGCUCGCCAGCUGCUGCGCCACAGCACCAUGAGAGCCAGGAUGUGAAUGAGCCAGCAGAGGAACCGGGUAUGCAAACGGAAGGGCGAAUGAGUGGAUGGAUGGAUGGAUGGCAUCAUGGGCUUUGUCGUGUGGUGUUCUCUGUGUGUCGGUCGGUCAGAGCCUGCUGCUGAGGAUAACAAGGCCGCCAAGUGUGUGGUGUGCCUGUCCAACACACCCACCGAGCUGUGCUUCCCAUGGUUGGUCGGUGGGCACACACUCGAACACAAACAGUGGUUCAGGGGGCAGACGUGUUUUUCAUGCUCUCGUGCGUUGUCUUGUUACGUGUGUAUUGUAUUGUGUGUCAGCGGCCACACCUCCCUGUGUGAGGGCUGCCGCAAGGUCAGGCACUUGACACACAUCCACACCAGCUACCCUGCCGUACACUCAUCCUGUGUGUGAUUCGUGUGCGGCUGUUCAGGUGCACGAGUCGUAUUACCUCUCCCAUGGGUGCCCCUACUGUGACAGCGACGUCCAGAUGCUCGUCCACGUCCAGACGCCAUGCUGAUCCAUCUGUUGACCUCGUGAAUCGGCGGCAAACUGGCGGAUUCAUGGGUUUUGCAGACAGGCUGGUGUAGGCGGUGCUGGGUGUUGGAAAGAGUAGUUUGAUGUGUCUUGGUUGACCGUGGCCGUUUCUCUGCAACAGCAGAUGAGAAAGGCCUGACCGUUCAUUCCAUGGCUUGACGCGGUUGCUGACAGCCAGCCAGCUGUCUCUCUCUCCUCCUCUUUCGCUCUCUCUCUCCUGCCUUUUGCUGGUCAAGGUUCGUGUGUGUGUGUGUAUCUCAUUUGUGUGUAAUGUAUGUAAGUAGGCAGGUUUGUCUAGCUAGCUGCACAGGUCUCCCUCUUCGAUCGCCCUCGGUGGUCGUUGUCUGUCUCUCUGUCCGUGUGUGUGAG